AUGGACCCAAACUCCGAACUCUGUCCGCCCUCUUACCCGAGCGUGCCCUUAGGAAACCCCGCCCCCGAAUCCCGACCACUGUACGUACAUCGUAUGUGCUCUACUUCCAUCCGAUAUCUCCUUGGUCUGGCCGCUUUGCCGGGUCGCAGUCUACCUGUACUGCAAAUAAACGUUCUAUCCUUUAAACCCUUCUCUCCACAAGGGGAUCCUGGACAACCAAUGUCGCGGCAGGCGGAUUUUGAGUGGGAGGCGGACCUUGGCUCUCCCUCGUAUCCUUUGACAUGACAUCCCGUCUCUGCGCUCGGCACGAGUUUCUACAGGUACUUGAAUUUUACAUCCUAUUGACAACAUUUCGAGGCAGUAUGAUUGCGAGCCCCCUCCCCUUGGGUAUUGGGGUGCGGAUUCUCACAUGGUGAGAGUCUCGUUUUCACUUAUUUCGUGACACCUUUCCCACCUCCCCCCUUGGUUGGAAUCACGAGAUUCUUGCCCAAUCCUGUCAUCUGUCACAUGCCCCUGUAAAAUUCUAAUCUUCUUGUCAUUUUUCUUCAGGGUUUUCUGUCAAUUUCGGCCAAAACAAUGCGAUCUCAUGUCCCCAUUGAGAUGGAGGGGGGUCUGGUACCAAAUCGACCAGCGAUCACCGAUGUCAAUCUUUACGAUCUCUCACUGAGUUCUUUAUGAAUGUUUUGUGUGGAACUAGAAACGGAUAA